ACUGGCUCGCCGCCCUUACUGUAUUUGUUUUCAUUCUGGAGAUCUGACCAAUCGGCGUUUAGACUGGGCGGAGUUUAGCCCGCCUUCUUGUUAGACACGCCUCUAUGUUCAGGGAACACCGCUUCAUACAUACACUGUUGUUAGCGACAUAGCCUCUACGGCCAAUUUCAUUUUUUGACAUUCACACCGGCUGCCACUUCUUAGAACUUAUUCUUUUCCGUCACGGACAGGUGAAGGCGCGGGUAGCGGUUUCCUGGCGGGCUCCCGAUUUACUGGUGGGUCAAAUUGUUGCUGGUGGCAGUCCUGCGAGCCCCUUGGAGUAUGCGUGUAAAAUGAAGAGGCGCGUGGAGGACCAGGAACCAAUAUUUGCGCCUCAGCAACAGCAAGCACGUCGCCCCCCAGUUCAAGGCAUUGCAGACAGCUUCCAGCACCGGGCCCUCGCCCCGGCCUCUUCCGUGACAGAGGCCCCUGCAGACAACAUGCAGCCCUCCCCCGGCAUCCAGUACUCCCUUCCCCAAGGCUACCAGGUGCCCACAAUGCCCCAGAGCACGAGUGGACACGGACACAACACCGCUGCUCCUCAUGUCGGCCCCAACGCUCACGCCCUGGCGGUGCAGUCCCAGGGCCCUGCGGCGGUCCAGGGUCACGUUCAUCCACCGGCACCCAUGACCUCGGCCCAAGGACAGCAGUUUCAGCGACUGAAGGUCGAAGACGCCUUGUCCUAUCUGGAUCAGGUGAAGCUGCAGUUUGGGAACCAGCCACAAGUUUACAAUGACUUCCUUGAUAUUAUGAAAGAGUUCAAGUCACAGAGCAUCGACACCCCUGGAGUCAUCAACCGCGUCUCCCAGCUGUUUAAGGGCCAUCCGGACCUCAUCAUGGGCUUCAACACUUUCUUGCCACCCGGAUACAAGAUCGAGGUUCAGACCAACGAUCUGGUCAACGUGACCACGCCGGGUCAGAUCCACUACAUCACCCCUCACGGGAUCUCUGUUCAGAACAUCCCCAUGAGCGGAGCGUCCAGCCAACCCGCCAGCCACAACCAGCACCAGAGUCUGCCACAGGCCGGCCCGCACGCCGCCGCCACCACCACCACCACCACCACCACCACCACCACCAACACAGCCGCCACCCCCACCCCGCCGGCCCCCACCCCGCCAACCGCCACCCUGCCGGCUCCUAACAAAACCAGCAAGCCGAUUCAGUCUCCGGCGCACACGCCCACCAGCCAGCCCAACCCAUCCAUCCCCUCCUACGCCUCACCGCGCUCCCCCUCCGUCCAAUCGCACACACCCGUGAGCAGCACGCCGUCCGGUGGGCCGCCCCUCCAGAACAACCAGCCCGUGGAGUUCAACCACGCCAUCAAUUACGUCAACAAGAUCAAGAACCGCUUCCAGGGUCAGCCGGACAUCUACAAAGCCUUCCUGGAAAUCCUGCACACAUACCAGAAGGAACAACGAAAUGCUAAAGAGGCGGCUGGCAACUACACCCCGUCGCUGACGGAGCAGGAAGUCUACACUCAGGUGGCGAAGCUCUUCAAGAACCAGGAGGACCUGUUGUCAGAGUUCGGACAGUUCCUCCCUGAUGCAAACAGCACAAUGCUGCUGGGAAAGACUACACCAGACCGGGUGGAGUCUGUGCGUAAUGAUCACGGCGGCACGGUGAAGAGACCUUUACUGAGCAGCAAACAGCGACUGAGCCAGAACGGCCUGCCAAUCAGGAGACCACCUGGGGUGGGAGUCCCGCCUGUCAAGAAAAAGCCCAAAAUAUUAGGGAAGGAUCACAGCAUGAUCGAGGUGGGCAAACACAGCACCAGCACUGAAACAAUGUUCUUCGAGAAGGUGAAGAAGGCUCUGCGGAGCUCCGAGGCGUACGACAACUUCCUGCGGUGUCUUCACAUUUUCAACCAGGAAGUGAUCUCUCGCGCCGAGCUGGUCCAGUUAGUCAUCCCGUUCCUCGGCAAAUUCCCGGAGCUUUUCACGUGGUUCAAGAACUUCCUGGGCUACCGAGAGUCGAGCCACGGCGAGUCGAGCCACGUGGAGAGUUUACCCAAGGAGCGAGCGACCGAGGGCAUCGCCAUGGAGAUCGACUACGCCUCCUGCAAGAGGCUGGGCUCCAGCUACAGGGCGCUGCCCAAGAGCUACCAGCAGCCCAAGUGCACCGGAAGGACGCCGCUGUGCAGGGAGGUGCUGAAUGACACGUGGGUGUCGUUUCCAUCGUGGUCCGAAGAUUCAACCUUCGUGAGCUCCAAGAAGACUCAGUACGAGGAGCACAUUUACAGAUGUGAGGACGAGCGCUUCGAGCUGGACGUGGUGCUGGAGGCCAACCUGGCCACGAUACGAGCCCUGGAGACGGUGCAGCGGAGGAUCUCCCGCAUGUCGGCGGAGGAGCAGCUGCGCUUCAAGCUGGACAACACCAUGGGCGGCUCCUCCGAGGUGAUCCACCGCAAGGCCAUCCAGAGGAUAUACGGGGACAAGGCGCACGACAUCAUCGACGGACUCAAGAAGAACCCGGCCGUGUCGGUCCCCAUCGUGCUGAAAAGAUUAAAGAUGAAGGAGGAGGAGUGGAGAGAAGCCCAGAGAGGCUUCAACAAGAUCUGGAGGGAGCAGAAUGAAAAGUAUUACCUGAAGUCUCUCGACCACCAAGGCAUCAACUUCAAGCAGAAUGACACCAAGGUGUUGCGUUCAAAGACCUUGCUCAAUGAAAUCGAGAUGCUGUAUGACGACCGCCAGGAGCGAGCGUCGGAGGAAGCGGCCGCGCCGCCACUCAGCGGCCCCCACCUGACCCAGACCUACGACGACAGCCAGAUCCUGGAGGACGCCGCCGCCCUCAUCAUCCACCACGUCAAGAGACAGGUGGGCAUCCAGAAAGAGGACAAGUACAAGAUCAAGCAGAUCAUCCACCACUUCAUCCCCGACCUUCUGUUCGCGCGGCGCGGCGAGCUCUCCGACGUGGAGGAUGAGGAGGAGGAGGAGGACGAAGAGGAGGAGGAAGAAGACAUGGAGUUGGACCCCGACGGCCCCAAGAAGCACAACGGCCUGCCGGGCGCCAGCCCGUCAAAGUCCAAGCUCCUCUUCGGCAACGCGGCGGCCCAGAGGGCGCGGGGCGCCGAGGACGCCUACAGCGUCUUCUUUGUCAACAACUACUGGUACAUCUUCCUCCGUCUGCACCACAUCCUCUGCUCCCGUCUGCUGCGGAUCUACGGCCAGGCCGAGAAGCAGAUCGAGGAGGACGCCCGCGAGAGGGAGUGGGAGAGAGAAGUUCUGGGGCUCAAACGGGAGAAGAACGACAACCCAGCAAUCCAACUGAAGAUGAAGGAGCCAUUGGAUGUGGACGUGGAGGACUAUUACUCAGUGUUUCUGGAGAUGGUGCGUAAUCUGCUGGACGGGAACAUGGAGCCGACUCAUUACGAGGACUCCCUGAGGGAAAUGUUCACCAUCCACGCCUACAUCGCCUUCACCAUGGACAAGCUCAUCCAGAGCAUCGUCCGGCAGCUCCAGCACCUCGUCACCGACGACGUGUGUUCGCGCGUCACCGACAUGUACCUGAGCGAAAGUGCCAACAAGGCCACGGGGGGGCCUCAGUCCACGCAGACGUCCCGGGCCGCGGCGGAGGGGGCCUACCAGCGCAAAGCCGAGCAGCUGAUGACGGACGAGAACUGCUUCAAGUUGCUGUUUGCGAAGAACCGAGGAGCCGUCAGUCUGUCGAUGGAGCUGCUGGACACGGAGGAGGAGAACUCGGACGAGCCGGCGGAUGCAGAGAGGUGGUCGGACUACGUGGGCAGAUACCUCAACUCCGACUCUGCGUCCCCGGAGCUGCGCGACCACCUGUCCCAGAAGCCCGUGUUCCUCCCCAGGAACUUGAGGCGGAUCAGGAAGUGCCAGAGGGGCUGGGAGCGGCUGCAGCAGCAGCGGAUGAAGACGGCGCCCUCGGAGAAGCCUCCGGACGGCGAGCUGGAGCUGGAGAGGCCGUGCAUGUUCAAGCUCAACUCCUACAAGAUGGUCUACGUGUGCAAGUCGGAGGACUACAUGUACCGCCACACGGCGCUCACACGCGCCCAUCAGUCCCAGCAGCGGGUCAACACGCGCCUGCACCGGCGCUUCCACACGUGGCUCGGCGGCUGGGCCGAGGAGCACGUGAGCGCCGACACGGCCGCCGACAACCGCAAGUGGCUGAUGGGAGAGCGGCGAGAGGGCCUGCUGCCCUGCACCACCACCCGCUGCCCCGAGGUGCUCCACUACAUCCCCGUCAACAGGUACCGGGUGACGUACAGAACGCUGUAGGCUCCGCCCCCUUCUCUUCUGCCCGCCAUGGCGUGCACGCCGGGUAGCCCCCGCGAAGGGAUUCCUGCGCAGUCGGAAGCCAAAAAAAUCCCGGGAACUUUGUGCAGCCUCUUUGAAGCUCGCGCUGUAGUUUCUGUGAAGGAGACGCGUCGCCGUCAACAAAGAAGCCAGAAUUAUAUUACAUUACAUUAUAUUACACGCAGGUUCUUUUUAAUUUAUUUUUUAAUGUAUCACACUCCUCCUCCUUUUGAAGAAAUUCACAAUUGGAACAACAAAGGUGGUCGUAAGCAUUUCAUUCUUUUGAGAACCACAACAGACACAGAAAAAACGGCCUCAGUGCGGGUUUCCAUGGCAACGGGUUCAGCCUGUUUUUUUGUUUAGGUAAAGGUGCAGUGAGGCACUAUAUAUAUAAUAUAUAUAUAUAAUAUAUAUAUAUAUAUAUAUAUAUAUGCUCUGCAGCAGUGUGUAUAUACCGUGUACGAUAAUUUAUGGCCGCCCAAACAUUUCUGUGUAAAUAUGUUGUUUACAUCUAGAUCUCUUUUUGUUCCUUUUAAUCCGAUGGCAUCGACGUGUAGCAUUAACACACAAGCGCGCGCACGCACACAUUGUGAAUCAGCCUUUAGCUAAAUGCGCAGAACACUCUGUGUUUGGUGGAGAAAAUGUCCUUUUUUAUACCUUCAGUCUUUGGCCUCGGCGUCACUCGUGGUUUUGAGAUGAUUGAAUGUAGCAGAGCUGUAAUCUUCUUAUUAAAAGUAUAUGUUGUUUCACAUGUACUGAAGCCCAAACCGUACCUUUUUCCUCGUCUUCAAACUUUACCAAAUGGUCGAUCUUCCCUCCCAGUGUGUGUGUUUGUGUACAGACGGUCUGCAUUAGAACCUCAGUCAUGUGACCUGCGUGCAGUUCACAGGUGAAGCAAACAAGCAAUAACGGCUCCUCUGUUUGUGUUUCUGGCUGAAAUACAGACACAAAUGUGAAUGUUGGAUUCCCUUUUGCAAAGAGGGACGUAAACAAAGCAUUUUUAUUGCCUUUUCUCGUCCUGCAGCUUGUUAAAUGAAAGUAGAAUGCGCCCCAGUGGUACCGCAGGUGAUGUUAGACGCCUUCGGGAGGGUGUGAAGUUCUGUGUUUCUCCACAUUUGAUUCAUCAAUGGAAGCGGACGCUACCAGCUACAGACAAUCCUGCAGACAGUUUAAUACUUUUUACUUUUGUAUUUACUGCGUUUUAAUAAGGAGAACCACAGGACGUCCCCCGGGGAGAUGCUUGUACAUAAAGACAUUGUUUGUACCUCGUUUUAAUGUGACUUUUAAGAUGUUGUACAUGAGUGUUAGUUUGGUGUUUGGCAUUAAACUCCUUUUGAAUCCACACAAACUCGCUCCAACGCUUCC